CUUGUAAAACCGUUCCUUCUCCUCCGCUCCUCCUACUGGCCCCUACACUACAAAAACCCUCUCUUUCUAUCUAAAGAUACACAAAAUUUGUACGUAUAGAUAUGGCACUAAACUAUGAGUAUCCUGUAUACAUGUUGAGAAGUGAGAAGGGGUACACGGUGACAGAGUUGGAGAAGAGGCAGCUGUUCUUGAGAAGCUACCAGUUUUCCAAGAAGCAGAGUUUGACUGAGAAGAUUAAGAAAUCUUUGUUUAGAGUGAAAAGGGUGAUAUGGGGUAGAUUCAGAUCAGCAAGAAAGUUAAGGAAGAUGCUGUGGUUGAAGCUCAAAAAUGGCUUGUUUUUCACAAGUAGAAGAAGAAGAAGAAGAAGGUUUUUUCUACGCCUCCAUAACAGCAACAGUCGAGCUGCAUUAAAAGAUGUAAUGAGGAUCAAACAGGGGCUAUGGAUACUGCAGCUAAACAUACUGUUAUAUAUUAAUAUAUGGAUUGCUAUAAGUAGAUCGGGCCCAAAGAGAAAAAGGAGGCUGCGUUUAGAUUGGGAAGACAAGACUACGCAAUUCAUUAUUGCAUUAACCAUGUCUGAUUCAGGUGUGGUGGUGGAUCUUUUAGAUGUGUUUGAAGGUGGUGGUGGUGACGGUGACGAUGAAAGUGGUGGUACUAUCGGUGGAGGUGGUGCUGGUGCUGAAGGGUCGCGUGUAGGUGCAUGCAGUAGUGGUGUUGGUGGUGGGUGA